CGAUAGAGUCGGCCGGUAGCGCAUUUCGAUAGUGAUACGUUGAACGUGUCGUCGAUUCGAAUGUACGUACGAGCGGAGUGUUGUCGGGCAGGUAACAACGAUCCGGACGACAAUCGGGACUACGAUUGGGACAACGAUCGGCCGCCGUCGAAUCGGAGGCACUUUGUAAUAAGAUUCUUAAAACAAAGCCCGCUUGAAAGCCGAUGUGGAGGAAAAGGAAAGAAAAAGGGAGAGAGAGAAUAGUUUGAUGUUUUCCGUUCUAAGAAUUUAAUCAUGGUGAUAUACGUUAUCGUAGCUGACUAAUUUCGAUGACGACAUCAACUCCUCCAAAGACGAAAGAGACGAAGUUGGGCUUUACGACGAAUACAAUCAGCACGUGUUGCUAAGCACUCCAAAAUAGGCAAUGAAUCGAUACGACGUCGCAUGUGAUAUGGAGUAGAUUUAACACGAAGCCCGACAGAAUGAAGAGCAAAGUGACAGGAAACAAGGCGUAACAGCAUGGUGUGGUAUCAGUGACUGAAGACUACACCCCCGAAAGAUGAAGAAGCCCCGCGUCCUCGCGUGCGUCCUGCUCCUGCCUCUGGCGCUGGGUCUCAGCCUGCAGGAGGAUGACUUGGUCUUCGAUGACGUCGGCGAAGAUAAUGAGAACGACGCGCCAGCACCGACGGUGAAUUAUCACGCGUCUUCUCGACUCGAUCGGCACAUGCUCGAGCCGUCGUUCAGGGACAGCAGGAGGCAUCGCUUCGAGAGGCUGUGGGGCGUGCCUGACACUAUCGUGCCGGUCGGACAUGUUUUCAAGCUGAAAAUUCCCCGACAAGCCUUCUCGGGAAACGUGGAUUUUUACGAGGUUCACGAGACGAUCGAUCACGAUAGUCUGCCGCGAUGGUUGGCCUGGGACGACGCUGCGUCUACUCUCUCGGGCGUGCCGUCGAAGAAGGACGUGGGCAGUCAUCAUCUGACCGUGAAGGCCAUCGGCAAACACGGCGACACCGCCAAGGAUCAAUUCGUCGUUCAAGUUGUACCCGAAAAUCAGGAGGAACUCAAGCACAAGGACGGAAAGACGCACUGCGACGACGACGAGGAGCAAACUCUCCUCACUAUUUUGCUGGACGCGCGGCUGGAGCGGCUGUCUCCCCGAGUCAAGGUGGACGCCAUCGAAAACCUCGCGGGAUUUCUGGGAAUGCACACGAACGCCUUUUCGAUGCAUUCUCAAAGCAAGUAUGACAAUAUGCCGUUGGAGUCUUCCAUCAUUCUGGGCGGGCCUGGAAACGUGCCGCAUCGUCGGGAGAAUUAUUUCACCAGCAUCCAGUGGCAGGUCGGCUGCGACGGUCACGUGUGGAGGCAUCAGACGGAAUUGAUAAAACAAUUGCGGGAGCAAGCGAAGGACGGUACUUUGGCGGAAGUUCUGCAAUUGCCCGUGAUACUGUGGCGGGUUAAGACCGACUCGAGCUCUUUCCUGAGGAACAGAAGAGAGGCUGGUUCCGGCGACUACGAUAACCCGGACGAUUACGACGGCUACGACGAUGAUUACGAUGGCGAUUACGAGGACGGCGGUGACGAGAGAGAAGACGAUAACGAGGACCCGCAGGUACAGCCGACCUAUGUGCCGGAUUUCAGCGAUGCAAGGGGAAACACCGUGCCGGGACAUCCGCACCGGCAUCAUCACGGCGAGGAAACGAUCGAUUGGAACGGCGAAGAUACUGACGAGGAGGAUUUAAUGCCAAGACUGAGGCAGUCCGAGUUGGAAAGCGGUGCGGUAAAUAGAACAAGCAGCACUACGCCUACGCCGACGGAACAAACUACGAUUACCACGAGAGAAUGGACCACUACGUCAACAACAACGACGCCCGUUGUUGCGAACGUCACCGGUGCCACCGCCUCUCACACCACCAUCACCACCACCACCACCACGAUGACUCCAUCCGUGGCUAUAACGAACGCUACGAGCGCUACAACUACAACUGUGAUACCGCCAACGACGGAGCUUCGCACGACGCCGGCCGCGACGUCGUCUAUUACCAACGCUACUACUACCAGUACGACUGUUACUACUACCACUAGUACUACUACUACAACUACCGCGGCGCCUACAACUACCACCCCGACCACGACCACGGUUCGGGUUACCACGGAAAGUAUCGAGUAUGGAAACUUCAACUUCCCGCCGAGGCGCGACAGGAUAUUAAAGAAGAUACCGGUAACUGCUGGAAAACCAUUGAGCUACGUCAUACCAGCUAAUACCUUCAGCGACAUCGAGGACGGAGACACGAGGAACUUAAAAUUGAACCUGUACUGGCAAGGUGUGCCGCUCAAACCGACCCAUUGGCUCCAGUUCAAUCGCCACACGCAGGAAGUUUACGGACUGCCUCUGGAGAACGAUAUAUCCACUUGGAAUUACGAACUAGUUGCCACGGACCGAGAAGGCGCCAACGUCACCGACCAUCUCGACAUUCACGUGCAGCAGCACAAACUGAGCCGUAGCGUGAAUCAUGAAUUUAGUAUUUACCUGAGGAUCGAUAAACGAAACGAAUUCCCCACAGAUGUCGACUGGGAGUUCAAGGUGAUACGUAGCUUGGCUGAACUUUACGGUGACAACGACACGCGACAUAUUACGGUGCGGAACGUCGACUUCAACACGCCGGAUCACGAACAGCAAGCCAUUUUCACGUGGACUAACGAUAGUCUUCCGAGGAGCAGCGAGUGUCCGAGGGAACAUAUCAACAAAUUAUUACGCGUGCUCGUCGACAGCAACAGUGACCCGUCGUCUUCUCUGAGAGCGGUUCUCGCGCCGGAAAUCAGAGUCAAGCGUGUCGUGUAUCAAGGUAUCGGGCAGUGCGAGGAUAUGAAGCGUCCUGAGGUGCCGCGAGUCUCUACCGAAGAGCCGAAGGUUAAUUACCCGCCAGUACCGAGGAACCAAGUGGAUCAUGUGAAUGCAACAGUCGGACAGUUGCUCGUGUUCAAAGUGCCAGAGGACACCUUCUUUGAUGCCGAGGAUGGGUCGUCGCGAAACAUGAAGAUGUCACUUUUGACAAUCGAUCGGGUGCCUAUCCCGCCCCACGAGUGGCUGCAGUUCGACAGCAAGAAUCAGGAAUUCUACGGUGUGCCGAUGCGCGGCGAUGUUGGUCGUAAGGAAUACCAAUUGGUCGUUACCGACAAAGAAGGUUCCAGCGCCACGGAUGGGCUGGUCGUCGUGGUUAAUCCGGCGCCUCACAUGGGGCACACGGUAGAAUUUUCCAUGACGCUGGAUAUACCGUACGACUCGUUCGCGCACUCCGCGCUCCAAAAGCGCAAUUUCAUCGAGAAGUUGCGAGAUCUCUACGGAGACAAAGACACGAGCGCCAUUUCCUUGUACAGCAUUUCGAACGGCAGUACGGUUAUUACGUGGCACAACAGAACUCUGCCCACGUCAUAUUGCGCUCACGACGAGGUCAACAGGUUGCGGUCUGUGCUCGUGAAGAGCGACAACGACCGACGCUCGGUAACGGACGAGGUGUUGGAUGUGAUGGGUCUGAAGUUCCCGGUGAAGCAGAUCACGGUGAUCCCGAUGGGGAUCUGCCUCGGCGAAUUAACGGGCGUUCACUCGCCGGAUAGCUACGUGCCGCCGGUGGACGAUUCCACCUCCGUCGGUGCUUUCCACGAUGAUUACCUCUUCACUUUUGUCUUGCCGGCGAUCAUUAUCUCCAUCAUGCUCAUCGGUGCGGGAAUUAUCGCGUGUGUGUUGUACAAACGAAGACGCAGCGGAAAGAUGAGCGUCAGCGAAAAGGAUGAGGAACGGCAGAGUUUCCGCAGCAAGGGGAUUCCCGUGAUAUUCCAAGAUGAGCUCGACGAAAAACCAGAUCCCGGGAACAAAUCGCCCGUCAUAUUGAAAGAAGAGAAGCCACCUCUUCCGCCACCGGAGUAUCAGAAGGCCGAAGACGGGGCCGACGUGCCGAUGUUGUCGAAGGAAAGCUCCGAGGAACCGUACCAGCCGCCGCCGCCGUUCACCGCGAGUCGCGACACCAAUCGGCAAAAUCGCCCGAAACCGACCCCAACGUACAGAAAACCGCCCCCGUAUGUGCCUCCCUAACAAAAUACGGUGCACUCGCCUACGCGCAAAUAUAUGCUAGCAAUGCUCGGAGACUCACCGAUACACAUGCAAAACCAAAACAGUUAUAAAAAGCAAUCUCAUAUUGGCGACGACGAUGACGUCGACGAUGAUCGUGGGGCUCUGAACGUUUAUAGCGAUGUUUGAGGGACUUCCAUUCACCAUCCGGUAUGACAGUGUGUACCGCUCGCGAGACGUGAAUGGAAAUUGCUCCUCUCUGCGCGAACUCCGGACCCGCACGUUUUUACUUAUUUUAUAUGUAACGGCAACGGCAACGUCACACACACAUACACACAUGCAUACACACAUACAGCAUCGAUUUUUACGGUAAUCGUUCGAAAGGACCCCCGCAGUUUCGAUAUUCGAUCUAACAUGCACUCUACACAUCUCUCUCGACUGUCUGUUUCACGGGGAAAAAAAGGAUUUUCUAGGAAGUAUGUGGGAUUAAUGAAUCACGUGUUGCCUUUCGUAAAAAAAAGAAUUCAAUUGUAGGGAAGGAUCCACGUCGAACUUCGAUACGCGAAUUUAGUUUAGAUCGUUGUAGAACCGAACAUAUGCGGUAGGGUAAACAUAUUUUAUUCGACAUGGUGGCAUUCGAGACAGCAACGAUACUCACAAAUAUUUCAACAAUCAGUGCCAUUUAUUAAGCAAUAAGGGUAUCCGACUGUGAAUAACACAGCAUGUACUGUAAUUAUACGGUUCUACGGAUUUACUGCAAUUACUGUUACAGAGCCUCCGGGUAUCAGGAACGACGGACUUAACGAAAUACAACGUGUAUAACACUGCCAGAACGACAAACGCACGAUAUAACGUCGCGAAGCGAGCCAGUUUCCGGGUAUACAUACAUAUUAUAUAUAUAUAUCCGAUCUCUCUCCCAGAACCCUCCAUUUUUUAGAAUAGUUCUUGGCGAACUGAACGAAACGGAAUUAUCGAGAGUCGCUCUCCUCGCGAAUGAACGAACGAACUAGCUCACUUGGCGAUCGCUAUUACUUAAGGAGAAAAAUAUCGGAGAGAACUGAAAUGUUUUUUGAGACAUAAUUUAAAGGAACGAUUACAUGCAAUGCCAUUGCAAAGUGACAGCAAAUGCUUCCAUUGGCACGGUAGGCCAUGCAGAUAAGAAAAAAAACUAUCGAUAAUAUAUAUAUAUACAAAUAUAAAUAUAUAUAUAUAUAUAUAAAUAUGUAUAUUACCUAUUUGCCGUUCGAUAGAUCACAGUCUGCAGUUACUUAGGACAGCGUAAUUUAAAUACUGCCAGACCAACGUUAUUAGCGUUUAUUUCUUUUUCUCUUUUUUUUUUUUCCGUACACACACUGCAAACGAGGGAAGGAGAGCUCCCGACUUCUUCCGUUCGUUUCACGCACAAUUAUUCUCAUCGUUGACGCAUUGCGACCUUUCUGAUUUUGCGAUGAAAAAUUUUUUGGUUUUCUCACGAACUUGCAUCGUUUCACGCGAACGAGUUAGCAUCGAAAGGUUAACUCAGGAAGAAAAAAACAAACAAGAAAGAAACACACUGAUGCGCACGUACAUAAGAAGGACGAGACUAUUUAAUUUAGAUUUUACAUAGUUACCAAGCCAAAAAAUAAUUAAUAUUUAAAAAGAGGGCGUGGUGAGGGUAAGGUUAAUAAGAACGUGUUUUUAACCGCGAAAAACGUGGCUCGCACUCUUUGAGGGCGCAUUUUUAUAAUGUUUUUUGUAAUUUUUUAACCGCUCUAACGCGACACAUUCAUCGUUUGUAUGUCCGGUGCGCGAAAGAGUGCGGGGUAUGGUACGUAUGCAGCCGUUUCUUCAAUACCUCGAUAGUUUCCUGAUAUUUUUGAAAGGAAAUACGAGAAACGAAAUAAAAAAAAAAAAGAGAGGAAGGAGGAGGAGGAGGAGGAAGAGGAAAAAGAAGAAGAACUUCGCGCGUGUCCCGAAUUCGGCGACUCCCUCCGUCGGCCACGUCGGCGAGCGGAUCGGCGAGUUUGCGGAUGCGCAUCUAUACGUGGUGUGAAUGCUGAUGAUCAAUAUAGUAUGCAAGAGCGGAGAAUGUUUCGUAUGCAAGCUAAAUUACGAUACAUCUAAUAUAUUACUAUUAAUUCAUGUCUUUGUAAACGUAGGUGAUUUAAGUAAUAUGCCGUGACAAUUGAAUACUUUUAAAUAUCGCUCGUAUCUUGUUUAUCGCAGAGUUAUAUGAAGGGAGGAAGGACGCAAUUGUCACUCGUACUCGCGUAUCACUUCAUGACGGUUCCUGUUACGCACGGACCGGUAGAUAAGUACGUACGUUUUAUUACUAUUAUUAUUAUUAUUUUUAUAACAUACGAAUAAAGAGCUUCUGUGUGUUGAAUUCGGUUGAAUAUACCUGAAUAUGACGAUCUGUAUGUACUGUCGCGAGGAGGGAUUAUUUUGCAAUUGCGAUAUCCCUGUUGCGCGCGAUCCUCCGUGAACGUAUGUACUGACGUUAGAUCCAAUGAAUAAUCGCGUAUGGUCGCGUAAAUUUUUGCCAAAAAUCAAAACUUAUUACAUUCACCAUCGACACUCUUGUCACAUUCGCUGAGAUCCCUGUUUAUUAUUUCAGCCAAGAUCCCCACAAAGUAAUAAUGCGACGACUUCGGAUCGAGGCCGAGGUAAUGGUAUCAUUACACGAUAGCUCAGUGCUCGCGAAUUAGCGGCUCGGAUUGGACAGUUUGGUACGACGCGUGAAACUUUUACGAAGAGCUUUAUAUUCCGUCUGUGAUCUGCGGUAAACAAGCACAGCCUCUCUCAUAUCAUGCUUCUAAUCAUAUCAUUGCUCCACGCGUAUCCUUCAAUAAGCGCUGCAGUUGUGUUUACUGUGAAAAUGAUAAUGUAUGAUAAGCAUGUACGAUAAUUUAUAAGCUUAGGGACAACGUGGAGGAGUUACACCUCAAUGAAAAGAUGAGUUUCACAAAGAACAUAUUGCAUAAGCAGCGACUAUUCUGGCCUGUGUGAUUCGAAUGGAUCGAAAGUAUUUUAUAACUGUGUAAAAAGGGGGACGGCAAAAUGUGCACUAACGCGACCACCGUGGCUUAUCGUAUAUUCGGCCGCUUUCUGAGAGAUCGGGCUAAACGGCAGGCGCGAAGUAAAAAGUUCCAUUGCAGCAAAACAGGUGUGGGAGGGAGGGGGGAACGAGAAAGAGGGAGAAGAGCUAUCUCUAGCCCGUACGAAGAAAUACGUUGUAUACAUAGCUACAUAUACCUAAGAAUAACGUAUUGUGACUGGGAAUUUUCAGAUUAUUUUUAUUCGCUAUAGAGAGCUUCGAUAUAUAUACACACACGUAUAUCGAGUAAAACGUUUGCGUUGGCGCGACACGCGAGGACGGUGUUUUACGAGCGGCAAACGUCGUUUUCGUACGUCGCGUUCCAUCGCCGGAAUGACGGUGAGCCGUCGACCACUUAUUCUUUAAGUUCGCUAAACAACAUAUCUCGUAAGCGAGAGAGAGAGAGAGAGGGAGGGAGAGGGAGAAAAAGGAAGAAAUCGACGAUAUCGGACGAGCGUGUACGUUUCAAGAUAGAUCGCGCGUCUGUGUGCGAUUAUCUUGGCAGCGCAUAGAACGGUGUCGUAAGAAUAAAUGGGAAGAAAAAGUAUCGAAUUAAUAAUAUACAUAUACAAAUAUCUCUACGAUAAGUACUAUAUACUAAACACGUGUAAAGUUAAGAGUUAAUAAAAUCAUUUUAGGGUA